GAGGCGGAGCGGGAGCCAGGCAGGACUUCCGGACGCUGACGCCGGGCCGCGCCGGGAAGGGGAGUCGCGGGGCAAAGAGUGGCCAUGACGAAAUUAGCGCAGUGGCUUUGGGGACUGGCGGUCCUGGGCUCCACCUGGGCGGCACUGACAAUGGGAGCCCUGGGCCUGGAACUGCCCUCGUCCUGCCAGGAGGUCCUGUGGCCACUGCCCGCCUACUUGCUGGUGUCCGCUGGCUGCUAUGCCCUGGGCACUGUAGGCUAUCGCGUGGCCACUUUUCAUGACUGUGAGGACGCCGCACGCGAGCUGCAGAACCAGAUCCAGGAGGCCCGAGCCGACUUAGCCCGCAAAGGACUGCGCUUCUGACACCCUAACCCCAUUCCUGCCUGGACAACCCUCCUUCCUAUUCUCCAUUAAAGAGCAAGUUUAUUUUCUAA